CCGGCGGCGCAGGAGACGGCGCGGGGAGCCGGCAGCCAGGAUGUUUCUGGAGCCCCAGGAAACUAUGCCCCAGACGUCCGUCGUCUUCUCCAGCAUACUCGGGCCCAGCUGUAGUGGACAGGUGCAGCCCGGCAUGGGGGAGCGUGGAGGCGGGGCCGGCGGCUCCGGGGACCUCAUCUUUCAAGACGGACGCCUCAUCUCUGGGUCGCUGGAGGCCUUGAUGGAGCACCUGGUCCCCACAGUGGACUAUUACCCCGAUAGGACGUACAUCUUCACGUUUCUCUUGAGCUCCCGGGUCUUCAUUCCCCCUCAUGACCUGCUGGCCCGUGUGGGGCAGAUCUGCCUGGAGCAGAGGCAGCAGCUGGAGGCUGGCUCUGAGAAGGCCAAGCUGAAGUCCUUCUCAGCCAAGAUCGUGCAGCUGCUAAAGGAGUGGACAGAGGUCUUCCCCUAUGACUUCCAGGAUGAGAAGGCCAUGGCGGAACUGAAGGCCAUCACCCACCGGGUCACACAGUGUGAAGAGGAGAAUGGCACAGUGAAGAAGGCCAUCGCCCAAAUGACGCAGAGCCUGCUGCUGUCCCUGGCUGCCCGGAGCCAGCUUCAGGAGCUGCGGGAGAAGCUCCGCUCACCGGCCAUGGACAAAGGGCCUGUCCUCAAGGCCAAGCCGCCAGCUGCUCAGAAGGACAUCCUGGGCGUGUGCUGCGACCCCCUGGUGCUGGCCCAGCAGCUGACUCAUAUUGAGCUGGAGAGGGUUGGCAGUAUUCACCCUGAGGACCUGAUGCAGAUCGUCAGCCACAUGGACUCUCGGGACAAGCACAGGUGCCGAGGGGACCUGACCAAGACCUACAGCCUGGAGGCCUAUGACAACUGGUUCAACUGCCUCAGCAUGCUAGUGGCCACUGAGGUGUGCCGGGUGGUGAAGAAGAAGCACCGGACCCGCAUGCUGGAGUUCUUCAUUGAUGUGGCCCGGGAGUGUUUCAACAUUGGGAACUUCAACUCCAUGAUGGCCAUCAUCUCUGGCAUGAACCUCAGUCCUGUGGCGAGGCUGAAGAAAACGUGGUCCAAAGUCAAGACAGCCAAGUUCGACGUCUUGGAGCAUCAUAUGGACCCAUCCAGCAACUUCUGCAACUACCGCACGGCCCUGCAGGGGGCCACGCAGAGGUCCCAGAUGGCCAACAGCAGCCGAGAGAAGAUCGUCAUCCCUGUGUUCAACCUUUUUGUUAAGGACAUCUACUUCCUGCACAAAAUCCACACCAACCACCUGCCCAACGGGCAUAUCAACUUCAAGAAAUUUUGGGAGAUCUCCAGACAGAUCCACGAGUUCAUGACAUGGACACAAGUAGAGUGUCCCUUCGAGAAGGACAAGAAGAUUCAGAGUUACCUGCUCACAGCACCCAUCUACAGCGAAGAAGCUCUCUUCAUAGCCUCCUUUGAAAGCGAAGGUCCGGAGAACCACAUGGAAAAGGACAGCUGGAAGACCCUCAGGACCACUCUCCUUAACAGAGCCUGAAGGCACAGAUGCAUCCUGCAGACGCUGGAUGAAGCACACACAUGCACCGAGUUUUAAUCUUGAUUGAUAUGGGUUGAGAUGAGGAGGCCUCACUGGUUGGGGUCCAUUUUGUAUAUAACUUUUAUGAAAAAAAAAAAAAGUAAUUAUUUCAUGCAUCAACCUUUGGCACUUAUAAAGUUUUUUUUGUUUAUUUUAAAUAACAGGGCAGGGCCCUGCUUCGGGGAGGGGUGGGAAAAGAGUAUCAUGGGAGAUGGCAUCCAUGAUAACAUCUUAUUCUAAUGAAAUGUAGAUUUUUAUUUUCUACUUUUGAUUAUUAACAUCUUAAAAAAAUAUUUUAAAAAAACCCAACCAAAACCAACGUGAGCCCUGCCUGCUCGGACGCCCUUCCAGCCAGUGUCUCUGAUGUCGGGGUUAGUGCCUUAGAGGGUGCUGGAGGGCUGGUCCCGCUCCAUUCUUCUAGCCAGCGGCCAGCCCAUACUGCCGGGAGGCGCCGGGAAGGCUCUGUCCUGGGCCCACAAGGUGCCUGCCCUCAAAGCCUAGGCCAGAGAGGUUCCAGCAAGAAGGGCAGGGUGGCCAGGAGGUCUCAUUUGCAUACUUCUGAAGUGAACCUUGAGUGCGGCCUUUCCAAAGUUUACAUUUUCAUUUUCCUUUAUCAGGGAUUGAGGGGGUUGGGGAGGGGCAGGGGGACACCUGGCAGCAUACUUUCUGUUGGAAUAGGUCUGGCAAAUGGUUCUUCAACUACAUUUUAGGAAAAGAGAAAAUUUAAAAUAAUGUAAGGGGGAGAUGUGGAACUGUCAUUUUUCCAAGCUGUAACUGAAAGACACACUUAGCUGUAAUGAAGAGAAUACAAAGCAGACUUGAGGAUGGGGACAUUUAAAGCCAUUUUUGAAACCCAAGUACAAAGUGAAAAGAAACAACUCAGAAAUCAGUAUUCUAGUGGACUGCCACCUCCUUCCCUCUGGGUGAGGGGUUCCUCUUAUGGAAUCUGAAACACAGAAAAUUAGCCAGGCCAGUAACUGCUGGAGCCCACUCACAUAAAACUGCCCAACAUGUGGAGGUAUUUUCCACGCCUCAACUCGAGGAAUACACUCUAUUUUGUCUGACUUCCUGAUUGUGGGAGGUGACAGCCCUGCUCCCUCGAAAGUCGGAGGUGGGCAAUCCACGCUGACUCUCCCUCCCUCAUAGUGGGGCUUUCGGUCUGCACAAGCAGAUCUACUCAACCUUGUCUCUCUCUGCAUGCCUGGCUUCCACAGGAGCCUCCAGUUGGGAGGCCUAGGUGAGGACGGGUCAGUUAGUUGCUAAUUCCCAAAGCUCCUAGGGGAGCCUGCAGAUGUGGAGGUGAGGCUCAGGAAGGAGGUGGCUCCGUGAUCCGCCGCUGAAGUUGCCCUCAGCCCUGGGUGGAGCGAGAAUAUUUACACUGUAUUGUCACAGUGUUUUUGCACUUUUCAGACGUUCUAGAUAGUACAUAUUGUAUAUUGAUAGUACAUAUUGCUUUGUUUACGUAUUUGAGAUAAAGGCUUAAAACUUGAGAAUAUAUAUUUGGAAUACAAUGUUAGAACACUUUCUGCACAUUUGUGUUAAGGAGCUUUCACAUCAGUGUGCACUUCACUGGGUCAUCAGUUC